AUGGUGGCUGAGAUGAAGGUGAUGAUGAGGGUGACGGGAAAGGAAGAAGAUGAUGACGGGAUUUCUCUCUUCUGGUCGCGGAGAGAUAGCGAGAGAGAGAGAGCAGCGGGAUCGCAAGAGAAAAAAAAAAGACGAGAGAUAUUUGACUCGGCUGCUGCUCCUCAAAACCUCCUCUCGAGCGGACAACUCAAGGCUGACGGGGUGCUGUACGUCUGCUUCUUGUCUCUCUUUCGACUGGCCGCUGCUCAGAAAUCUCUCACCGUGGUUGUGAACAACGACGCCGCUGUUGCUCGUUGCUGGAAAAAGCACGACGGGGUUGCCACUGCAAAUGGGUGCGCGGUUGUGGAGGUUCGCCGGCCGCUGAAGAACUCGGUUUUCGGCUUCUUGUUCUCUUCUUCGACAGGACGUGAGGGCUGCUACUCACGCGCGGCGAAAAUUGAGGACCUCCAGCACUGCUCUACUCAUUCGACGACUGAAGAAGGCGGUGGCGUUUCGGGCUUAGAUGUGGCUGCUGUUGAUUGA